UUGAGUUUGAGUUCUAGAAGAUACCGAGUGUGUCACACAUUGAAACAUGGAUUAUGAAUGUGAUUGUUCAGACAGCUCCGGACAGUCAAACGCCAUCCUCUUCAACAUUCUCAGCCGAGGCGAGCCCGCUCAAAACGAGCCCAACUACGACCGGGUUCCUCACACGUGCAACUGCGAGAAACGUAGGAGAGUUUGUCUGAAGACCCCCGGCGAGACGUGUCAGGAGGCUUCGGGCGUUCUGGUCAAGACGAUGCACUUCAUGAGGAGUUUGCCGGCAUUCCAGCAGCUCCCGCCCAGAGACCAGCUGUCCCUGCUGCAGAACUGCUGGGCGCCGCUUUUCAUUCUGGGUCUGGCCCAGGACAGAUUCCGCUUUGAGAUCGACGACUCUCCGGCGCCCAGCAUGCUGCAGAGAAUUCUGCUCAACGACCAAGACGCGGCGAUCUCGGGGCGAGAGCAACCCACGCUCGCUGGAGUCCAAACGCUCAUGUCGUGCCUCGAGACGUUCUGCAGUUUGGAUUUAAGCCCAAAGGAGUACGCGUAUCUGAAAGGCACCGUCAUAUUCAAUCCUGAUGUGCCGGGUCUGAAGGCAGCGGUGUUCGUUGAGGGUCUGCAGUAUGAAGCUCAACAUGCCCUGAAGGAGGUUCUGGUUCCUCUUUAUCCACAGGACAGGGGCCGAUUUGCCCACGUGCUCCUCACCGCGUCCACUUUAAAGUCCAUCACUCCCGCUCUCAUCACAGAACUGUUCUUUCGGCCAGUCAUCGGUCAAGUGGACUUUCUGGACUUGUUGGUUGACAUGCUGUUCAGCAGGUAGUGACCCUGGGACCGAUGGACCGAUGGACCGAUGGGCCGCUUGACUUUGGGCUUUCCAUUAAAUAUCGGAUCUUGAGAUCUUGAGAUCACGGCACUGUUGAGGUCACAGCAAAGUGAUUAUUUGUGCUUUUGUACGGGAAUCGAUUGUCUAAAAGUUUUUUAACUCCAGACCUA